AUGUCCCAGAACGACCUCUUUCUCAAUUUGCUGCGGCCCGCCGUCCUCCAUAUUCUACGCGCGACGGGCUUCCAGCAUGGCAAGCCGUCGGCUGUCGACACCAUCGUAGACCUCACAGCCAGAUACCUAUCACUACUGGCAGAACGCACAGCCUACAAUGCCUUUUCAAAUCACAACGACCUCACACCAGACGUUAGUGAUGUGCGCAUGGCAAUGCAGGACUGCGCCCUCUUCGUGCCGACCAUGACAGCAGGGGAAGAGCUAUGGAAAGAGAUACUGCGCAAACCCCUCGAUGAGUACAACGAAGAGACGGGUGCCCGCGAGAACGAGGCAGCUCGGCGCGACGCCGAGGAUACAGCAGACGUGACCGAAUUCAUCGAAUGGGUCAAGGGCGAUCAGAACAAAGAGAUUAGGCGCAUAGCAGGCAUCUACAAGCCCGUAGCGACGAACCCAACGGAGCAGCUGGAUCAGGAAGAAAUGGAGGACUAUUUGAAUACCCUCAUGAAGAAACACAGCAAGACCGGCGUCGAAUCACGCUUUCAAGGCACUGUUCUUGGAGUUCCAGCCGAGCCUAAGACCAUCAAAAUCGAAGGGGGAGGCGCGGAAUCGAUAGAGGAAUGGAAUCGCAGAACCCGGGAGAGAGCCGCCAAAGCAGCAGAGUCGAAGCGGGAGAGCCGCGAGACGACAAAUCACGUCGAGACCAGAGAGCCCUCGGAAGACGUGGUUAUGGAAACGGAGUAA